AUGGAGGACGGGCUCGCCACUCAAAACCUCAUUAUUAUCCUAGCGACGAUCAUCCCCUCAUUUAUGCUCAUCGCCCUUGCUGCCCUUCUGUACUAUCGAACCCGUCGACGCAAAGCUCGAUUAUUCAACCGAGGCAUCACACCCAUCGACGAUGAAGAGAUAGAGUCGUGGAAAGUUGACAGAGGGGGUAGUGAAAAACCGUGUAUGCAAGAGGAAUCCCAGAAAGACCAAUCAAGUCCAAGCAGUCACCGCACCCAUCGACCAAGCACGUCGGUUGGGUCCGUUCAAAAGCCGACGAGUUUGAUCGUUUAUCAGAGUUCUUCCCAACAUAUUUCACGCAUGUCGGAAGACCGGCCGAUGGCAAUGUAUUUGUCGGGCAAAGGCAGCCUUGAGUUGCCGCAAAUUCCUGUUCUUGCCAGAGCGCCGAAUUCUAGACCCGGCCUCACCGAUGAUACAGUUCAAGGGGAAGAUGCAUUCAUUUCCUACCCAAAACGUUACCCAUCAAGGCUAGCGAAAGCGCCACCGCUUAUAUCUCCUCGACACGGCCGAUCCAAAAGUACACGGGCUACUGUGUCCCCCCGUGAGCCCUGGUAUAGCCAAAGCCAAGAUGAUCAACUACCUCCACGACGAUCUGCCGACACAUUCCUGCGUAUCUUGCCUUCAGGUCGCCGAGAAAGUGAUGGUGUGUAUUCGUCUCACUCAACUCCUCCGCAAACGCCGGGUGAGGACGACAUCUUCCUUGGCGGCCUCUCGCCUCGUCCUGUGAUUCACAAAUCAGAGAUUGGGCGGGCUAUUGGCUGA